UGCGGAAUACACAUCGUGAGUGAUGUACAUUUUUACUGGAACCGCAUAUGUGUAAUAUAUAUUUAUGUAAUAUUAUUUAUCAUCGCUUUUGGACCAUUUAAUGCUUUCAAUUUUUUUUUUUACUGAAGCGGUUGAAUUUGACGAAAUCUGAGUGAAUUUACUGGCGUGAAUUUCUAUUUAGUGAUUAUUUCCUGUAGUUAGGGUUAAAUAAGAAGCCGAAUGAGAAAUUGUAAUAAUUGUGCCUCACUUUAGUUGUAGAACUAUGAAGUAGUGUAAUAUCGUGACGAUUUCCUAUAACGUGUCUUUUACUGCAGGACGCAGUUCUGAAUUAAUGUGACUUAGCUGCAGUCAUAAUUCAAAACAUAAUUUAUUUUGUUCUCUUUGAAUGCAAAACUGUACCUGAAACAAUUUUUAUUUCUUGCUGAUCGUCUUUUUACUGUUUAAUAUGGAUAACGAACAAAAGUCUGCCUUAUCUGGAACAAAAUCCACCGAUACUAUUAUAGACUUGAAAACGACUAGUGACAUUGGCAGCAUUUCACAUGCUCCUGAACAGUCUAAUGUUGAUACUGCUAAGGAAAAUGCUGAAGGUAUUCAGACAGAGAAGAAAACCAAGCCUCCUCCAUUAGAUGUUUCUGCUGCACAAGAACUGCAACAACAAGCUAUGGCUGGGCCAAAGACUCCAACUAGUGCACCUCCUGUGACUCCAGGCCAGAUGCUUGACCGUAGAAAAGUAAAAGAAAGAAAAAUAGGACACAGGAGAGUUGAUGAGGAAGGCCAAAUUACAUUUAAAAAAAUUCAAACAUCUCAAAUUAUGGGCUCUAUUCAGUUGGGCAUUGGGCAUGCUGUUGGUAGCUUAGCAUCUAAACCAGAGAGAGAUCUUCUAAUGCAAGACUUUACUAUAGUAGAAACUACAUCAUUUCCUCGAGAUGGAAGUAAUAUCACACCAGCUCAUCAUUAUAGUGAUUUUAAGUUCAAAGCAUAUGCACCUGUGGCAUUUCGUUAUUUUCGGGAUUUGUUUGGUAUCCAACCCGACGAUUUUUUACUUUCACUAUGCAAUUAUCCUAUGAGAGAACUAACUAAUCCUGGAGCGUCUGGUAGCAUAUUUUAUCUAACUGAUGAUGAUGAAUUUAUCAUUAAGACUGUACAGCAUAAAGAGGCUGAAUUUUUGCAAAAGCUUCUUCCAGGUUAUUACAUGAAUCUAAAUCAGAAUCCCCGCACACUAUUGCCAAAAUUUUUUGGAUUGUACUGCUAUCAGUGUGGAGGUAAAAAUGUACGACUUGUGGUAAUGAACAAUUUGCUGCCAUCUUUCAUACGUUUACAUGAAAAGUAUGACCUUAAGGGAUCCACUUAUAAACGUAAAGCAAGCAAACAUGAAAGGAAAAAAGCAUCACCUACUUUUAAAGAUCUGGAUUUUAUGGAACACCAUGCAGAAGGAAUAUUAUUGGAGAGUGAUACUUAUAACGCUUUAAUAAAGACAAUACAACGUGAUUGUCGUGUAUUAGAAAGUUUCAAAAUCAUGGAUUACAGCUUGCUUGUAGGAAUACAUAAUGUAGAUUUAGCUAAAAGAGAAAAAAUG